UGAAAACAAGAAGGUGAAAGUCUGAGGAUCCGUAUGGCAAAAUAUAAAUUGGAAAAUAUUUAUGAAGAUGCGUAAUUGCUCACAAAAAUUCUAGGAAGUAAUAUUCAUUUGUCAACACGUCAUAAUAUUUAUAUUGGUUGGUUAGGUCCUCGAUUUUAAACCAUAUUAAUAGCUGAGGAGCAGUUUGAAUUACAUAAUUUGGACGGAGCACUACGCUAAAUAAGGAUAUCUGAACUAUACUGUGAUAGGCAAUUUCAAAAAAGGAAAAAACAAUAUCACCAUAAAAUAAUAAUGAUAAGAAAUAUAACGAAAUGUAAAAUAUCAUUGGAUUGUAUGGGGCCUAUAGGUCAUUCAAAUCAAUUUGUGAAAUUCUUCAUAUUUAUCAUACUGUGUCUGCUCUUACAAACUGGAGACUUUAAAGUCUGUAAUCUAGAUUCAAGACCAGCUCAAGAUGGCGUAUGUGGAGAUAAACUUCCAGAGCUGGUCAAACUGUUCUGUGCUAACUACGGUGGGACAUACAGCCCCCCAGGAAAAAGAACAAUGGAAUCUCGAGGUAUAGAUAAGCGUCCAGUGCCAAAGGCCAGACCGGGCUUUCUAAUGGAUAAGCGAGAGGCUCAAACUUUUCUACAACAUGUUCAAAAAAGAGCGUUAGUGUGCGAAUGCUGCUUUCACGCCUGUAAUUAUCAGAGAGAAAUAAGGAAAUAUUGUGCAUAUUAACGUAGACAUUACAAUCUUUUUCCUAAGAUCUGGACAAAAAAUUGGGAUAAAAUGCUUAUUCUGUCCAAACUCUUUCUUGACUUUUGUCAUUUUUAAGUUAUUACAAAAUGGGUGGA